AAACGUUGGUAAAGUGGCGACUCCGACUCACUUCUCACUCAGUCUCUCCGCCACGAUCCCAUUUCAAAACCCAGAAAUACCCCAACAAUUCUCAAUUCCCCCAUCUCCUCAAUCCCCCCCCUCCACCCACAAACCCUAACCCAAUAUUCUCGAGGCGCCCCAAUGACGAUUUCUUGAAAACCCUAACGCGGCGAUUUCUUGAUUCUCUAACGAUGAAUUCGGGCCCCAUAGAGAUAAGCUCCGACGAGGAUACGGGUCUCAACGACCUCGAUGACGACAGCGCCGACUGGCUCUCCAAUCUCAUCGAGUCCGUCGAGAAAAAGUUUGGGGACGACGAUUCCGAUGACGUGGUGGUGAUCGGCGAGGUUAACAGCGGGUCAAAGUGUUCCCUGAAGGAGGUGGAUGACGAUUGUGUGGUCUUGGAUGGUGACCCGGACAAGGCGGUUUCGGUUGCGGACGACGAGUCGGGUAGCGGGUCGGACGAUUUGGUUGUGGUGGGCGAGAAGGGCCAGAUAGCGUGCAGAGACUAUCCUCAUCCACGACAUCUUUGUGCCAAAUUCCCUUUCACUUCUACGCCACAUGAGAAGCACUGUGACCUGUGUCACUGUUAUGUCUGUGACUCUUUGGCACCCUGUGUACAUUGGGGCAUUGGCGCUUCGCAUAUUGGCCAUUGUCAUGCUACGGAGAAAGUAGAGAUGUGGAAAGUACUGAGGAGAAAUUUCAAGAUGGGGAGAAGUGCUUCCAUGCCAGUUAUAAAAGUAUCUUUGGCUCUGCCUCAACUUAAUCAAGUUCCACCUCUUGAUAUUAUUAGAUUGGCACCCAACUCUAUUCCACAGACUCAGGUCUGUAGGCCAACUACGACCCAUGCUGUCUCCUCCACCAGCCCUACUUUGCCAGCACCUACCUCUAUACCACUGAAUCAGGUCCCGAGGUCAACUUUGAUCCGUGCUCCCCCCUCAACCACCCUUAUCAAUUCUACUGUCAGAAAUCAAGGUAGAAGCCACCAACCAAGAUUUCUUUCAUCCAAGAAUGGAGUCCAACCAGCUUCUGUCCAACCAUCUUCAGCUUCUCAGCAGUUGCAUAGUAAUGCUGUAAGGAGUAGCAGAGCUCAGAAUAUUGGUAAUGGAGGCCUUCACUCUACCUCUUCACCGACAAUGUUUAAAAGAGCAGGGCCUGUUCGGAUUUCUUUGGGAAGGAACCGUUCUGCAUAUGGUUCAUCAUAUAACAGCAAUCAUGUUAAUCCAUCACAGUGUGGUUCGUUAAAUAACAGCGGCUGUGCCAAUCCAUCACAAUAUGGCAGAAUUCCCUCCCCCAUGGCAGCAUCACAUGACGGAAUUCGCUUCAGUUGGCAGGAGGUUCAUAACAGCUUGAAUCGGAUCCCCUCCGUGCCCAUGGGCAGUGGUAUUGUUGGAAGUGCAUUGCCUCCCCAGCAGCCCCAAACAUACAGUCAACCUUUUGCUCAGUCAGCAUAUAGCCAAAAUGUUCAGCAAGGGAGUCAAAUUCAAAAUGAUGCCCAAAAUAUCUAUCAAUAUGGGAUUGAAAGUCAAAAUGCAAGCCAGAACGUCUCUCUGCAAGGCAUAGGUCCCAGUGCUGUGGACUUAGGGUUUUCAGAUUGCAACUACAGUUGGACGAACAACACCAGUCAAAGCAUUCAGCAACCUCAACCUCCCAUUGGAAAUUCUCAAGUUCAAAGCACCGAGGCUAUAUAUGGGCCAUCUCCAGUCAAGGAACCUGAUUUCCAGUCCAACGGAUACCCUAAUUUCCAGGGGUUGGAAAGUGAUUUCGAGAACUGGCUACUGGACAAUCAGCCAACUCCACCAGUAACAAAUGAUUAUGUGCCUUCUCAACUGGAUCUCUUGUCUCCAGGGCCUGCUCUUGCUGACGCGGGGAUGCUUCUGUUUGAUUUUGAAACCUCUCUCAACAGUCUCACACAGGUGUAGCUGACUGUCGGUCACUCCUUUGUGGUUCCUUAAAAGAACGAAGCUUGCAGAGGUUUAGCAACUCUUACCUAUUGUGGUUUAGAAUAGAAGGAAGCUAGUUAACCCAAUUUGAGAUCAAGUGUAAUAGUUAUGGAGCUAUGGUAGCAGCACUGUAUAGUCCUUUUGAAGCGCCAGUGUACAAAGUGCCCCUAGGUUGGAGUCUUGGAGAUGCUGUAUAGGGAGUCUGGUUGUUCCAAUACACCCAUUUUAUUAAUUAAUAUUCUCCCAUUUUCUGAA